CAAGUACCCAACAACGAGCCUUGCAGCAGUAGUAAGAGAGAGAGAUAGCUGCUCACUAAGCAAGCUAAGUCACUCCCUCCCUCCCAGCUAGCUACGUACAACAACCUCAGCCAAGCCAAGAUCAAGCAAUGGCGCCGCCGUCCCAAGCCCGUGCGCUGGCCCUCCUGAUCGUCAUCGUCUGCUCCUCCUCUCCCCUCCUCGCCCACGCGCAGAAGGCGCCCGAGGACGGCCUGUGCGACGACCCGGCGGCGGCGCCCGACGCAUGCCACAACGUGCCCAAGGCGCUGCGUCUUAAGCUCAUCGCCAUCCCGACCAUCCUGUUCUCGAGCGUGGUCGGCGUGUGCCUGCCGCUCCUCGCCAGGUCCGUGCCGGCGCUGCAGCCCGACCGCAGCCUCUUCUCCGUCGUCAAGGCCUUCGCGUCGGGGGUCAUACUCGGCACCGGAUACAUGCACGUGCUGCCUGACUCCUUCAACAGCCUCUCCUCCCCCUGCCUCCCCGUGAAGCCCUGGGGGGAGUUCCCCUUCACGGCCUUCGUCGCCAUGCUCGCCGCCCUGUUCACGCUCAUGGUCGACUCGCUCAUGCUCACCUUCUACAACCGGAACAAGGGCGGCGCCGGCCGUGGUAGUACCGCCGCAGUCGCCGACCACGAGAGCCCGGAGCAUAGCCCGGAGCAGGGAGGAAACUGGCACGGACAUGGGCAUGGACAUGGCCACGGCCACGGCAUGGCGUUGGCCAAGCCCGACGACGCAGAGGCCGGCCAGAUGCAGCUGCGACGGAACCGCGUUGUCGUUCAGGUUCUAGAGAUGGGCAUCGUGGUGCACUCCGUGGUGAUCGGGCUGGGCAUGGGGGCGUCGCAGAGCGUGUGCACCAUCCGGCCGCUGGUGGCGGCCAUGUGCUUCCACCAGAUGUUCGAGGGCAUGGGCCUCGGCGGCUGCAUCCUCCAGGCCGAGUACGGCGCCAGGAUGAAGUCCGGCCUCGUCUUCUUCUUCUCCACCACCACGCCGUUUGGGAUCGUGCUCGGCCUGGCGCUCACCAAGGUGUACAGGGACAACAGCCCCACUGCGCUCAUCGUCGUCGGCCUGCUCAACGCCGUCUCCGCCGGGCUGCUCCACUACAUGGCCCUCGUCGAGCUUCUCGCCGCCGAGUUCAUGGGGCCCAAGCUGCAGGCCAGCGCCAGGCUCCAACUCGUCUGCUUCCUCGCCGUCCUCCUCGGCGCCGGCGGCAUGUCAGUCAUGGCCAAGUGGGCGUGACCGUCUGACCGCGACACCUGUUUCACCGUGCUCGCUCUGCUGUACGUAGUGCUGUAGCACAUCGCCACCCUGUAUAUAUAGUACUCCCUACUUGCCACAAUCUAGUGCAUAUAAGCACUAGAUUGCGAUCGAAGUUGUAAUUAGCUUGUUUGGUCAAAUCAGCCUCAGCUACUAGCCUAUAUUGUUGUAAGCGUAGGGUGUUUGACACGUCAACUGUACAAAAAGUAUUGUAUACCUACUGUGUAGUAUUGUGUAAAAGUAAUAAU